AUGUCUGGGAAGAUAGUCGUGAUCUUUGGAGCCUCAAAUAUACUUUGGAUAGUGUUUGCAGCUUCUCAAGAUUUUAAAAUCGAGACCUCCCCUGAAUCCAGAACUCUUGCUCAGAUUGGUGACUCCAUCUCAUUGGUUUGCAACACCAUAGGCUGUGAAUCUCCAUUUUUCUCUUGGAGAACGCAGAUGGACAGUCCACUGAACGGGGAGGUGAGGACUGAAGGGACCAAGUCCAUACUGACCAUGGAUCCCGUCAGUUUGCAGAAUGAACACUCUUACCUGUGCACAGCAACUUGUGGAUCUGAGAAACGGGAAAAACAAAUCCAGGUGGAGAUCUACUCUUUCCCUAGGGAUCCAGAGAUUCAUUUGAAUGGCCUUCUGGAAGUCGGAAAACCAAUCACAGUCAAGUGUUUGGUCCCUGAUGUAUACCCAUUUGACAAGCUGGAGAUAGAUUUACUGAAAGGUGACCAUCUCAUGAAGAAUCAGGAAUUUCUGGAGGUUAUGGAUAAGAAGUCCCCUGAAACCAAGAGUUUGGAAGUAACCUUUACUCCUAUUGUUGAGGAUAUUGGGAAAGCUCUUGUUUGUCGAGCUAAAUUACAUGUUGAUGAAACUGAUUUUGCACCCAAAGAAAGGGAGUCUACAAAAAAACUGCAAGUCUACAUCUCACCCCAAAAUACAGUUAUCUCUGUGAAUCCUUCCACAAGGCUGCAAGAAGGUGGCUCUGUGACGAUGACAUGUUCCAGUGAGGGUCUACCAGCUCCAGAGAUUUUCUGGAGCAAGAAAUUAGAUAACGGGAAUCUACAGCUCCUUUCUGGGAAUGCAACUCUCACCUUAAUUGCUAUGAGGAUAGAAGAUUCUGGAAUUUAUGUGUGUGAAGGAGGUAAUCUGAUUGGGAAAAGCAGAAAAGAAGUGGAAUUAAUUGUUCAAGAAAAACAGUUUACCAUUGAGAUCUCCCCUGGGCCCCGGAUUGCUGCUCAGAUUGGGGACUUGGUCGUGUUGACAUGUGGUGUCACAGGCUGUGAGUCCCCAUCUAUCUCUUGGAGAACCCACACAGACAGCCCUCCGAAUGGGACGGUGAGGAGUGAAGGGACCAAGUCCUCACUGACCCUGCACCCUGUGAGUUUUGAGAACCAACACUUAUACCUGUGCUCCGUGACCUGUGGACAAAAGAAAGUGGAAAAGAGAAUCCAGGUGGAGCUUUACUCAUUCCAUAGUGAUCCAGAAAUUAAGAUGAGUGGUCUGCUAGUACAUGGAAACCCUGUCACUGUAAGCUGCGAAGUUCCUAAUGUUUACCCUUUUAACCAGUUGGAGAUUGAAUUACUUAAAGGGGAGACUACUAUGCAGAAUAAAGUAUUUUUGGAGGAAGUGGAUAGAAAAUCCCCAGAGACCAAAAGUUUGGAAGUGACCUUCAUCCCCACCACUGAAGAUACUGGAAAAGUUCUUGUUUGUCAAGCUAAGUUAUAUAUUGGUGAAAUGGAAUUUCAACCCAAACAAAGGCAGAGUACACAGACACUUUAUGUCAAUGUUGCCCCUAGGGACACAACCGUCUUGGUCAACCCAUCCCCCAUCCUGGAGGAAGGCAGUUCUGUCAAUAUGACAUGCUCUAGCAGUGGCCUUCCAGCUCCAAAAAUCCUGUGGAGCAGGCAGUUAAAUAAUGGGGAUCUACAGCCUCUUUCAGAGAACACAACUAUCACUUUAAUUUCUACAAAAAUGGAAGAUUCUGGUACUUAUGUGUGUGAAGGGAUUAACCAGGCUGGAAUAAGUAGAAAAGAAGUUGAAUUAAUUAUCCAAGUUGCUCCAAGAGAUAUUCAACUUAGAGCUUUUCCCUCUGAAAGUGUCAAGGAAGGAGAUACUGUCAUUAUCUCCUGUACAUGCAGAAAUUAUCCAGAAACUUGGAUAAUCCUGAAGAAAAAAGCAGAGACAGGAGACACAGUGCUAAAGUCUACAGAUGGCGCAUAUACCAUCCGCAAGGCCCAGUUGCAGGAUGCAGGAGUGUACGAAUGUGAAUCAAAAAAUGAGGUUGGCUCACAAUCAAGAAGUUUAACUCUUGAUGUAAAAGGAAGAGAAAAUAACAAGGACUAUUUUUCUCCUGAACUUCUCAUGCUCUAUUUUGCAUCCUCCUUAAUAAUACCUGCUAUUGGAAUGACCAUUUACUUUGCAAGAAAAGCCAACAUGAAAGGGUCUUAUAGUCUUGUAGAAGCACAGAAAUCAAAAGUGUAG